GGAGUUUCAAACGUUAGCCUUCGUGAACUUCCUUAUCCCCCCUUCUCGUCAAUCCCACUUUCUCCUCUCCCCUCACUGUACAUGGCCACCGUUUCAUGAUCUAGUCGUAUUCUUGUGCGGAGGCGUCGCCGCUAUCCAAUUCUUGCAUCUUUCUUCGUAUUUGCCGUAAAUUCCCUGACGGAGGAGUAGUACGUGUACGCGAUGAGCGUGACCACUGCAGCACCACCGGGUGGCUUAGAUGGCCUGUUCUCGCUGUCCGCGGUCGCGGCCAGCGCGGCACCCAUCCCCGUUCAGCAGGAUGCUACCCGAGAAGCGGCCGCCCCUAUAGCACCGAGCAGCUACGGUACUCGCAGCCUCAGCAGCACCGGACCUAGCAGUCUGGGUGUCGGGGCGAAAGUCCACCCACCUCACAAGAAUCGCAGGCUCUCGUCCAGCGGCCAGGCACGGAGGAGAUUGAGCGACGCGCGGGAGGCAGCGAGCCGACCUUCACCUGUCACUAUCUCCACGGCCGCGGCCGCGCUCACUUCUCUCGCGAAGCUCUCGCUAUCCGGAACGCCGCCGCCCCAGGCAUCGACCACCUACGUAUCUGCAGCUGGCGAGAUCGAGUCCGCGUCUGCACCUCCACAUGACACGAAGCGGGAGGAGGCAGACCUCGGCGGUGGAAUUAGCGUCACCGCUGGCAAGGGUACAGGGAAGAAGCGCGGUACGAUCUUCAAGUGCGAGAGCUGCUCCAAGGUCUACCGGCACCCGUCAUGUCUCAUCAAGCACCGCUGGGAGCACUCGCCGCACUGGCGCGAGGCGUCCAAGUUCCUCCUGAGCAAGCACCAGCAGGUGCAGCUGCUCGAGGCAGCUGCCAUUCUCUCGCACAUCGCCCCGUCGGCCAGAGGGGGAACGUCCCUUCCCGAUGACCGUGCACUGUGGCCUUCCUACCUAUCAGGUGGCCUCGUCCCGCCGCCAAGCGCUGAGAACGCUAAGGCGAUGGGCGUCUCGACCAAGCCCAGUCCGCCUUCGUUCUCCCUCGAGCAGCCCGCGCCGUUCCCCGUAUCAAGCUCUGUACCAGCCCCGUCGGUGCCCGUGCUCUCGUCCUUUGCGCGCUCCGGCCCACGUAUGCAUGAUUACGACGUCGCCGUCGCGGGCGGCCUCACCCAGCUGCGCCCCGGCGUGCUCGGCGUGCCCACUGGCGCCGAGAGCCCAGCCCCGCCGCGCACGGACAGCCCUACGUACAGCGUCGAGCGAUCCGCUGCGGUGCCGAUCACUUUGCCAUCGCAGGGUCAUGGUGCGUACCGCGAGCGCGACCCGCUUGGAUACAGCUUCGUGAGCCGCGCGUCCGCCUCAGACGCGUGGAGCUCGCCUGUAUCCACCGGCUUUGCGCAGUCGUCCUUCCGCUCGUCCUCGGCGUCCGCCUCCGCACUUGGUCAUUCGUAUGAGCCCUCGGACGGUAUGGGCGGUUGGUCGCUCCCGCGCUCGUCCAUCCGCUCCAGCUCUCGCUCGCGCAGCGGGUCCGUCUCCGAGAGCGACUUCGUGGACGUGGAGAGUGUGGACGGGGACUACGCGUACGGCUUCUCCGCGCGGAGCAUCAAGCGGCAGUCGAGCUUACGUGCAACGAGCGUCGGAGAGAAGAUCGAGGAGGAAUGGGACGGGAUGGAGAUGGAGAUGGAAAUGUGAACAAGGAGAAGUUUGCCCAGUUGUUUGUGUAAGUAAGAAGUGGUGUUUCCGAGCUGAUGGUCGGUGUGCGCAUGUAAGAUGUAUUAUCUAUACCGUGUUUUACUACCGUCGCGCUCUGUCUGCUCUUGUGUAUUGUUCUCUAUUACUGUCAGUCUGACUGCUGGCACAUAUACGGACCUUUGACAGGAUGCGCUCAUGGUCGCCCUGUUUGAAUUACUUACUGGUGGCCUGUAUCUCCGCGGGGACUCGAAGGAUGAACCCCGGAGGAACACCGGAUGUACCUGCUGGAUACACUUGGGCUCCAGGACCCGCUCAUGUAGACAUGUCGAACUCAGCAUGCAGUAAGUAAUCUCGCCAGAGUCCGAAGAUUGGAACCCCAAGAGAUACCCUAUACUAGCGAGCUGACGGUAUGGAUUGACUUACGAGGUGAAUAUACUGCAUUGCAGGC